AACAGAAAAUGACUGGAAUCUUUGUCAUCAUGGACCAUUCCAAGGAUAAUCUCUCAUCGUCAAGAAUAAGGACAGUCUUGUUUGAACAAACGGGAAAGAGUGGAAAACAGGCGUCUCAUUUAUCAGUCGCAAGGACACUUUUACAUUUAACUCCAAAACAUAAAUUCUAGAACAACCUAUGUAUUUAAAAAUCUUUACAGUACUGAGCUUUCCACCACAUAUCUCAUAUCCUCACUCGCACGCGAAUACAAUUAAUGAUGGUGAGGAGGAGGAGGAGUUUAUCAUCUCCAUGCUGGGUACUACAUACAUUUCUCUUACUGAUUCUGUUGAUUGUCACCCAUGUAUCAUCAGAAGAAUCCACUGUGUUUCCGGAGAACAUCCGAUUCGACACAGGAGGGUUAAGCAGGGAAAGUUUUCCAAAGGAUUUUGUAUUUGGAACUGCAACAUCAGCUUAUCAAGUUGAAGGAAUGGCAAAGAAAGAUGGUAGAGGACCCAGUAUCUGGGAUGUCUAUGUUAGAAUUCCUGGUAACAUUGCAAACAAUGCUACAGCAGAUGUCACUGUGGAUCAGUACCAUCGCUACAAAGAAGAUGUAGAUGUCAUGAAAAAUCUCAACUUCGACGCUUACCGUUUCUCUAUCUCAUGGUCUAGGAUCUUUCCAUAUGGAACUGGGAAGGUGAAUUGGAGGGGUGUUGCUUAUUACAACAGGUUGAUCGACUACAUGCUCAAGCAAGGCAUUACUCCAUACGCAAAUCUCUAUCACUACGAUCUUCCUUAUGCACUUGAAAAGAAGUACAAAGGGUUACUAAACCAUGAUGUUGUGAAAGAUUAUGCAGAUUUUGCUGAUUUUUGUUUCAAGACGUUCGGUGAUAGAGUCAAAAACUGGAUCACAUUCAAUGAACCUAGAGUAGUUGCUGCCUUGGGGUACGAUAAUGGAUUCUUUGCUCCUGGGAGGUGUUCUAAACCGUUCGGAAACUGCGCAGAAGGGGAUUCCUCGACUGAACCGUACAUUGUCGCCCAUCAUCUCAUAUUGUCUCAUGCGGCUGCAGUUCAGAGGUACCGUCAAAAGUAUCAGGCAAAACAAAAAGGAAGGAUAGGGAUUCUGUUGGAUUUUGUGUGGUACGAACCUCUUACAGAUUCAAAAGCCGAUCACCGAGCUGCUCAUAGAGCAAGAGACUUUCAUCUUGGGUGGUUUCUUCACCCAAUCGUAUACGGAGAGUAUCCAAAGUCAAUGCAAAGGAUUGUGGGAGAGAGACUCCCCAAGUUCACCAAGUCGGAAGUUAAAAUGGUGAAAGGCUCGAUGGAUUUCUUAGGAGUUAAUCAAUACACUACUUACUACAUGUAUGAUCAACACGUAAACAAGAACCAGGUCAGAGGCUAUCAGUUGGAAUGGCAUACUGGAUUUGCUUAUGAACGUAACGGAGUACCAAUCGGACCACGUGCACAUUCCAAUUGGCUUUACGAAGUACCCUGGGGUAUGUACAAAGCUCUGACCUAUGUUAAGGAGCACUAUGGAAAUCCUAACGUAAUUCUUUCGGAGAAUGGCAUGGACGAUCCCGGUAAUGUUACACUUCCCAAGGCAUUGCAUGACACUAGAAGAAUGAAUUUUUACAAGACUUAUUUGAUUCAACUCAAGAAAGCAAUCGACCAUGGAGCCAACGUCACUGGAUACUUUGCCUGGUCUCUGCUUGACAACUUCGAAUGGAAAAUAGGUUACACGUCAAGGUUCGGUAUUGUGUAUGUCGACUACAACAACUUGAAAAGGUACCCAAAAAUGUCAGCUUAUUGGUUCAAAACACUGCUCCGCCGAAAGAAGCAUUAAGUGCCUGAUUCGUUUUGAUGGUAGAUCUUUGCUUUCCGUUUCAACUUUAGCCUAGCGCAGUUGUGGAUCUUAUGUCUUCAGUAGAACUUGGGGGGUUCGUGGUAUGUAUCAGUACUUGUUGGGGUAUUAUUCUUCGACACUUGGAAUGUGGCUUUUCUGAACUUACCUGUAACUUGUAAGCGGUAAUUGCUACAAUUUAAAUAAAGAACAAAGAUUAAGACUUC